CUUCCGGGACAAACGAAGAUUGUCGAAGCGCCAGCCGUGUGCCGAUUGGCUGGCACGCGGCGCGCGGAUGCGUACCAGUCCUGACGUCACGCUUCGCCCAGUUUGAAAUCGUCCCAGCCUUCAGUCGCGCGCCGAACGUCGAACCGAAUGCAUCUGGUGUAUCUUGUUCAUCCCUUUCGAUCCUUCGAAAUAUCGAUUCUUGUCACACAGUUGAUCAUUUCGACGUAAACAGUGCGGUUCUCGUUCGAAUUUCUCACAAAAAUCACGGAAACAGUGAUCCUCGACUCUAUCGACUUGUAUCAGUGAAUAGUGUUUUUAAAAAAAACCUACUCAUUCACAGGGGAUGAAUUGAUCAACAUCGAUAUUCGUCGAUGAUUGUCUUCUACGGAAGACAAACCUACCCCCUAAUCACAGAAAUCUAUUUAAGCCGACAGAUAAUUCGAUAAUUACAAACCGAUAUAAUUCAUCGAAUUAAAAUUAAUUUAAACGAACAAUGCGGUGCAACGGAAAGAACAACGUCCAGCAAGCAAACAUGAUUAUAUGUAUAAACUUGUGUGAUUGAGCAAUGAUGAAAAUUACCCGUGAUUAGACAGUAAACUUACGCGACAAAGUACAGGGAGUUAUUAAUCGUGGAUAAUACGUGGUAAAUUUUGUUUAUCGAGUGAAUCACUCACAUGAACGUGUGCCAGUUUGAGUAACCACGUGGUAGCCGGUGCUUGGAGAACGUGCGAACGACGCGUCGUUUCAUUGUGAUCGACUCUCGAGUAGUCGUCGACGGUAAUCACGUGUAAAAUCGUUCGUGGCGGUGGUAAAUAUUGGAAAACAUUUGGUAGAGAAGUCAACUUGAUCCUGCGGGAGGCUGGGCAAGAUCGUCGCGAGUCAAACUGUUGGGAUUCGGUCUAAUAUGCGUGUCGCGGGGAAACGGACCGUCGAGACGGUCGAUUCCGACGAUCUGACUUUGACGAAUUCGCGACUGUCGCUCGAGGCCUGACUCCUACGGUCUCUCUGUUGGCUGUGGUGUUCCACGAAAGUGUUUUGCUCCGUUUGGUCCACGCGUCAGUGACAAAGCGCGGGUGAUGUGCUGCUGGUGUUUGUGUCGCGUCGACUGAGCAGUGCGCGGUGUACCGGAUGUCAAGACGAUAAUUGCUCCUGUCUUAAGGCCGAGCGACUUUGUGUCAUCAUGCUGACAAUCGUUUUGCUGUUUCUUCUGGGCCAACCGGCGGCUGGAGACAACUAUUUGGCCUUGUUAUCAGGCACCCUGAAGACCUACCAGCGCGCAGCCUGCGACGAGGAGUUGAUGACGCUAAAAUGUCCAAUUGGCACUACCAUUUCUGUUGCUCUCGCUCAAUAUGGUUCGGCAGGGGCGAAUGGCACCGGAGGGUGCACAUCCUACUAUCCAUUGCGGCUUGCCGAGGACAAACUGAAUGACGUAUGCGUCUGGCCCCAAGCGCUGCAGUACUCACUGUUGCAGACGGUGGUGGAGGUUUGCCAGAAGAAGAGGAAGUGCACAGUCAACCCUGAUCCAAAAAAGUUUCAAGGCAAUCCUUGUCCAGGACUCCCAAAGUACAUCGAGGUCGCCUACAAGUGCUGCCCUUAUGAGUUCAGGAGUAAGGUUGCCUGUGAAAAUGACGUCAUCAAUCUUGACUGUCAUCCUGGACAGAGGGUAACCAUUUUAACCGCAUCGUUCGGUAGAACGGCACACGAAUCACACCAGUGUCCACAGCCGCCUGGUGUGAAAGAAGAAAACUGCAUGGCGUCAUAUGCGACGGAAACUGUGAGGCGUUUGUGCCACGGAAAACGACGUUGCUCCGUGGUGGCAAACAGUUCGACGUUCGGUGAACCUUGCAACCUGGAUACCAGAACUUACUUGAGGGUCGUCUACACCUGUGUACCGCGGGCAGUGUUGAGAGAACAAUUUGCAAGCGACGUAGAGCCAGACGAAAUGAACCUGAUGCACGAGUUCGAGGAGGGCUUCGACAGGGCGGAUUUCAGGGCGGAAUUCAGUCCAAGUCCAAACCUCGAAGGGCCUCAACCGCAACCAAGGGAUAACGUUUCCCGAAAUUUCCCAACGGCCAGCUCAUCGCCGCCACGUGCCCGUACGAACAACGACGUGGACACACGAUCGAAGAACUUUAAAUCGGUCGGUGUAGGAGCGAAAGAUAUAACGCCCACGGUUAUUCAAGGGAUGAUAAUGAUCGAGAACAACGUGGCCGAUAUUACUAGGGACAUUUCCACCAGUACGAUGUCGCCGAUUAAUUGCACAACAGUAGUCUACGCCUAUCCUGAAGAGGAUCGUGUCGUUGUUGGAUAUAUCAAUGAAUGGAUCAAUGCAUAUUCGUUCAUAUCGAAGAAUCAAGAAAAGUUCUACCUGUACAUCAUAGUGUCGGUGUCAGUUGGUAUUUUAAUCUUCUUGGGCUUGGUGAUCGGACGUCUUCUAGUCAGCCGUCAUCGGGCCAAAAGGGAUGCGAAGUUUCAUGCAAAUAACGAACCACUUCCGCAUGGAUUCAACGAUGACAUUUCAGACAUCGACGCUGAUAUCGAUCUCACCUCACCGGUGCCAGUUCCCAUGCAAGACACGAGGAUUCCAGAGACCCAGCUGGCCGAGAGACUCCACGGCGACCGUUAUUACGCGGACACAAGGAUACCUUUGUCGCCCACCUCGAUGCACCCACCACCCAUCCUCCACACCCCAGCCACGGGGGUGAGGGUGGAUCUGGGCAACCACAUGGUCGGCACAGAUAGUUUACACACGAUUUUACGCCAGGAGAAUCCACGGAGUCUCAACACUAAAAGUUACUACGGCUGACAGGAGGAAAGGGUUGUCCCGCGCGAGGGACGACCCCCGUCCUUGAGCCCGGUACCGGAAGUGAGUACGCGAAAGUACUGCUUUUAAUCGUGGCGACCGAUUUUCUAUAGCGCGCCCAACGAACGAAGCCGCUGUGAACUGCGUUCGAGCCGCGAUCUUCAACUUCGAUCAUUCGUUUGCUCCCAUCGGGACUCGAGCGAGGUUGUCCUCGGGCCUGGUACCGGAAACGAGCACCCUGUGACGCUUCUCACGCGAUUUCUUCGUCCCCAGCGCGAGGAGCCACGCUCGAGGAGAGACUUUCGUUUACAAUUCGCGAGGAAUCCUGAAGAAUCGUGUCAGAAGAGUCCUGAAAUUUCAGAGAGAACUUUGGGGCGGUAGUGAUAACGGAUGUGACGCGAGGGGAUGUAGCUCGACAAGUGUAAGGUCGGGUCUGGUUAGCAGUGUUGGGCGAGGGGUAGUUGAUGAUUGUUGAUGAAAAAUCUCUAUUCGUAAUUAUUAAUGAAGUCCUGGGUAGCUUCGGGGGAUUAAGAAUUUGUCGAUUGUGGAUGACGAAUGUACCUUGUGAUUGCUGAUCGAUCUGACAAUUGCGAGUGAGUACUGAGAGAAUGAAUGCUCAACUCUGCUGAGUAGGUGACUGGUGAGUCGAAAAGUGAUUAGAAGUAGGGAUGAGACUGUUGCCUAACGAACCUGGUAGCCUGUCUAGUGUCGCCUGGUAGUGUUCGAAGCGAGUAAAACUGAUGAAAGUUGGCAGAAAGGGUUAUCGAGGAAUGUUAUUUAACUUGUUGAGCUAUAGAUUAACGCAAGCCAAGACCGUGGGCGGAUGUACAUUAAUGUCGGACUUGGUGAGUCAGAAACGCGAAAGCGUUUCUCGCGUAGAAAAAUUGUCUUGCGAAUGCCCGGAAGUGGAUAUUGGGAAUUCUUAUUGUUGUUGAAGAAGCUGUUGUUAUUCAGAAAUAUUGUUUUCAAUCGAGAGACGCGACUGUAUAACGCUGGACUCUGGGUUAAAAGAUAUAAGCACGUUGAUUGUAAAUGGAGAAGAAAAUAUUUUAUGCGAAGAGGGUCUGCCUCGUGACCAUUACUGGCAAGCGACCACCCGAAACGUCGUUCAGACUGUAAGGACGAUUACGAUUGUACACUAGAGCUUAAUAUCCGAAUGAUCGAGCCAAAUGCUGAAGAGUUGUCGAAAUGGUCGAAGAAUGAGUAAUAGACGAUCGAAGGCGUUCGUUCUUUUGUUUAACUUAAAUCUAAAUUCAUGUGUUUAUGUAAAAGCCACGUCGAAGAUUAAUUGUAAAAUAAAUUUAAGCGAAAAUUGUCCCAGUGGAAAGGGGAUUGUUUAUCGCUGUCACCGUGAAAAAGGAAAGUCUGUAAUUAAUGUAAUUAAUGAAUUCACGCGGAUGCUUGUUCGUGAAAAAGUAUUUACAUAGCCUACAAAUAUUUUAAUUAUACUUAAUACGCGCAAUGACUUCCAUUUUAUUAAUUCAGGCUGCAAAACCUUUUCUUUUUUUAAAUUUGUAAAAAUAUUUAAUUUACGAAGCACCGUUGCGAUCACAAGCGUAGAGAUUGAAACGUAACAGCAUAGUGGGACGAACAAAAAUAAUAACACUGCCUGUUCAACGGUAAUAACAAUAACAAUAAAUGUCUGCCAAGGUAUAUCGACAUCCUACGUGAAUACAAUAAUUUAAAUCACUGAAAAGUCACGCACACGAUUGCGGUGGAGAACGUUUAUUAAUUUGCCUCUUCGAGAAAUACAUAUCCGCACAAAACGAUGUACAGCAAUAAAUUGAAAAUUAUAUCGUGCUUCCUUUACGAUUACGAAUCAUGAUUUGUUGUCGAAUAAUCAUGAAGACUGUUCGCCAAAAUGAUGCUGCCUAAUCUACGAGAAAACGGACCUCGGCAAUGUUGGGCACGAUCGUUACAAUUUCUGAAUAGUUUAUCAUAAUUAAUGAUCAACGAUUAAUGAAUGCUUGAGACAUAGCGAUUAAUUAUACACGAUUAAUGAUUAAUACGGUUAGCCCUGAAAGGUUACAAAUUACUGGUUUACAAUUGCAGAUUGUAAAGGUAGUUUUUAAUCUAACAAUUGGAAAUAAUAAUGGUGAAUGUAAUCACAGAGUAAUUUGGUUGAUUACAAAGUAAAUAUUAUGGUCAGAAAGUAAUCGUUGCCCAACUCUGCUGUGGGUACUUUGUUACGUACAAGGUAUUCUGUUGGUUAUGCAUUCUUACCGUGUAGGCGGCGUUAUCGACGUUAUUACGUGGAUAGUUGCGUUCUUCGUGAUAACAGAGGACGCCGGUAACUUAGCCGCCUCGAUGAUAAUUUUGUUUACAUCACGAAUUUUUGGGAACAUUUUUUCUCAUCGAAAGAACAGCAUCGUGGGCGAUGGGAAAAUAUGAGUGACUCAAAAAGGAAACUGAAAUAAAACUUAUUGUAGAAUUAAUGAAAUCGCCAUUUCUUAAAGUUUAAGAAAAUAAUCAUAAGCAUCUCGAACGUGUAAAAAUAAAUGUUUGUUUCUGCGAAAUUAGAGAAUACUAAUUUCUCGUAGAUUGCAUCCUACAAAGCGUUAUUGAGCGUCACGAGUUAAAAUUAAUUUUUGAAAAUAUUUAUUUUUAACUGUACACUACUUACAGCGAGUAUUUUCUUGUUCGAUUAACCUUCCUUUGUCAAAUAUGCCUUGAAAAAGAUUAAAUAUUGGCAAAGACAAUAAGAUCAGCAGAUUGUCUUUACUUUUUUAUUUUCACAAUAUAUCAAGUCACUCAUAUUUUUCUCAUCGUACAACGCCAGUGGUCAGCAGCACAGCUCAGAUUACUUUCGAUCGGAACUCAUUGUCAGUUGACAGAAACAAAAAAAUGACAGCGAUCCGAUGAUCGAAGCUGCACACGACACACACGAACGAAAACGACACGAUCGAAACGAAUCGACGAUCGAUCGAUCUCCCUAGAUUAAUUGCAAUCCCUACCAACUAGCUUCGUAUGAAGGAAAUGUACCAAAAACAGAAAAAAGGAAAACGCGAAAAAAAAAGAGAAACCGAGAAAUGUGCGCGAUCGACGGAACUAUUGAUUUCGAAUAAAUUCAAGAUCCGUGGUAGCCGCGAUCGGAUCUAUUAGCACUUAAGGAAACAGGAAAUCGGUCGAUCUCAACGAAGUUACAGCGGUUUUGCAUCACAUGUACACGCAAACAAACCAGAAAACGUACAGCGAAACGACUUUUAUAGAGAAACGAUCUGUAUGUAUAUCACGCUGUAAAUAAGAACAAUGUAAUUUACCGUAACUGUUAAGGGAACGAAGAAAAAGAGACAGAGUGAUUGAGAGUGUGCAUCUGUAUCGAGAGUGUAACGUCAUCGAUAAACGUUCCGUAGUCGAGAAUUACUCUCUGUGCCAUCGAAUCGAUUUCACGAGCGUCUUCUGUAAUCGAUCGUGAUCGAAAAUGGACGAGGAUCCUAUUUAGGAUCUAAAUAUGCGUCAAGUCAAAUGUUAACGAAGCCAUUCAGACGUUUUAGAUUAUCAGAAGCAAUUAUCAAUUUGGCUUCGCAAACUCCGUUUGUUUAAGAAUUGUUCUGGAGAAGAUUGUUUUUCCUCGAUAUGCUGACAUAUUCGUAGCAAAAGUAAACAAAUUGUUCGACUUCGUAGAAUUUGAAAUUCUCAUUUAUAAAUGAAGGUUUAAAUAUUCUGUAACUAAAAUUUGCAAAUUGAAACUGUAAGUAAAUAUCUGCUUGUCACUAUAAUAUUUAUUCGACGAUUAUUGAAUUUCACUACAACAUUCGCACCGACUGUUCAGGGAUGAGCAGGAUUAUUAUUCUGCAAAAUAAAUACAACCUACAGUGAUUUAUUCCAUUCAACAACUAAUUUUUUAUCUGCAAAAAUGUUGUGAAUUAUCUAACAACAUCGAGCAACAAAACUUUAUUACUAAUAGUUCUUUAUCAUCUAGUAUGUCGAAGACAUACAUAAAUUUGCAAUAUAUGUAUUUGUAACUAUCUUAUGAAAAAUUCGUAAACCAAGUUUUACCACUUUUAUUAAUUGAUCGUAAAAUAUUUUCUUUCACAAUUCAAACUCUAAUUUCCAUUCCAAUAAACAUAAUUUAUCUUUUACUCGUUAUUUCUACCCAGAAAAGAAUUCUGCCCAGCCCUGCUCAAAGGCAAUCAUUAUAGCUUCGUGCAGCGCCAUUGGGCGUGCUCGGUUCGUCGAUCACGAUCGUUAGCCGUUAACAGUAAUGUCCAGUCUGAUUGUUCAUGGGUUAAAUUUAAGGUAGAAAGUACCUGGGAUCGAUUCCACGUACGUUCCGAUAAUAGCUCCAAUUCCGAGACUCACUUACGAUUAAUGUUUUUUACGUUACUGUGUUGCGCGACGGGACAACAACACUCUUUCAUAAGAAUUUCACCGAUGUCCCGACGAUCAUGUGUAAGAACGAAAAGCUCUCCAUUUUGUAUGGUUAAUCGGCCAACGGUGUCGUGAAUUUAUACGUUACUUCGUAGCGUAGCCUACUUUUAAUUAAAUUCAUGCGAUUGCGAGGUGAAUGAAUUUCAUUUACGCUGCGUGGACAUACUUCAGUGCCAUCAGUUCUCGCGCAUGAUCUAUACUUUCUUCACUUUUUGUAUUAAUACGUAGAUCGUAAUAGAUGAUAAUAUUAAUGCUGCCGAUUUGUACAUUACUUCUUAUGUAAGCUGUAAUUUUGCACCUACUCACCCUGGACACUAUCGCAAAUAACGAGGAAGCAUUAUAUUUAGUGCUUAAUGGUUUGUUUGUUUAUUUGAUAUUCCAGUAAUUGAGUGACUCAUUGAAAGAGCGCGGUAUACUGUUGAAACACGAUCAAACGUUUGUUUGCUCAGGAACGUGAUGAUUGUUCUGUUCUCACAGAAAUUAAUUAGGAAUGAAAGUAACGAAGACCGCCAAAUGAGCACUGCCAAAUGUUAACUUAUGUUAACAGUCAACUAACGAAGCGGGGAAAAAGUUGUUAUAUUUGAAGAAUUAUGCGACUAAAUUAAAUUAGUGUAACCACACUGGCUAUGCUUAUGAUUGCACCUCAUAAAAUGAAUAACAGAAGCAUGUGACGUUGGUUCUUGUUAAACCAUUCAAUCUUUUCCUAUUCAAUUCUUAAUUUUAUUUAAAGGACCGUAAAUCGACAGGGUUGCCUGAUUUACUUUUUGUAAAUUCUGAUUAUUAUUCACAUGAAGUAUUAAAAUGAAGCUUCACGAUUCAUCAUUCAUAAGAAAUUUAUUACCACGGAACGUAGAACAAAUGAGGAAAUAUUACCAACUUUUUCAAAUCUCAACACUACCUUUAGAACAGAAUACUUAAAGAGUCGAGUCUUCCAGAAACUGCAAACAAAAUCUAACGAUUGAUUCUCAAGUUCAAGGAAACCCAGUGUCCCAUUAAAAUUAAACGUGAAAUUGGAUUAAUUCAUGCUGCACGUGCCUAAUUAAUAACGUUCGAUCCGAAAUAACCAGACUGUCCCCUCAAGGGCGAGAAAUGGCAAACCUCGAGGGUGCGCUGUCAGUGAGCCAGUCAAUUAAUUCGACGUCUUCGAGAAGCGUGAAGGAGAGUCGCGACAUUCUGUUGAUUAAAUCCCGCGGUGGAAUAAUCCGACGUGGCCGUGUUUUUAAUUGGUCCGGCUUAAUUAAGGCACUCGUGCGGAAUUGUAGCGAGUCCCGCUGGCCUCCUGGAAAAUUCUAAUUGCCGGAAGAACGCUAGUUCUCCAGCUCUUUCUUCCUUACUCUUGUACUUUUCUGCGCCACCCCGUGCCCUUCCUUUCGUCACCACAAAACCUAACCCUUUUUUUAUUUUAAUUUCACUAGCUACACGAACACUUUCUUUUAUUCUCACUUUUCUCGCGAAGGUCAAAGCGGUUAGUUUCAUUACUCGUUUAAUCGAUAUUGUAAUGAUUUCUAAAUUGAGCCCUCAUUACUAUGCCUUUAGGAACUAGAAAAUUAAGAUUCGGUACUGUUGCAACAGUUUUCAGGAAAUUUUGUAACACGAAGGUGAAGUUUUUCGUUCCAUAGCCAACCGAUAUAGCGUAUAUUUUACCUAUUUUACUGAACAAGUGAAGUAAAAAGAAAAGAAAAUCUAUUUGAAAUAAAGAAUUUAAUUUGCUUGAUCAAAAAUGAAUUAACCCUAAGACCUCUAUUUUUAAUUUUUCGUUUUCUUCAACUAUUCAUUUUGGUCCCGUUUCGUCAUAUUUGAUAUAUACAUAUUUAGAUAUAUUUCAUUUACGAUAACCACUUUUUGGGACUCAACUUCCUCGGUAUUUUGCGAUUCCAGCAAAUCGCCAGAGUUUCUCCGAGUGAGUGUUUCAUUUGGUCAUUUUUACGACCUUUUUGUAAACUAAAUCGAACCACGUCUGGGGUACGUACACUUGAUUCAUAAUAAUUUGCAGUGGGUCCGAUACGUCUCACCGGUGCAGGCUCAACAAAGUGAAAAUGACGUAAAUGUAUUCAAUGAAAUAUUAUGAUAUAUCGAUGUUUCGAGAGUGAAUGGGUUAAUAUCGUUUGUAGAUUACGUACCGCACCAGAUAUUCAGUGAGCAUUUUGUUUUUAUAAAUAAAUCUUAAGUAUUAACAUGUGUACGAUACGUUAGUGGUGUAUAUUGGCAUCGAUGUUUCGAUAUUCGUACGUCACUGCGAGUGUCCAAGUUGUUGGACGAAUUUCUAAUUUAACACUAAUAUCGGAGACCUUGAUCGUGUAUUUUUAUUUAUUAUCAAAGGUCUUAUAAUUAUUUAACACAGUUUAAAUACUUCUACGUUUCGUUAAAAAAUUAUUUAACUUUAAAAAUUAACUUUGCCAAAGAGAUUAAUUUUUAUUUUUCGUUCUGGUAACACCACGAGUAUAUUAUUUAAAUUAUUGUAAAUUAUCAGAACGUUUCGACACGACACGUCACGACACAGUUUGUAUCAUCUACGUGCAAUUACGACUGUCUUUUUUAAGGUUCAACGUUGCAAGAGUGAUUAUUUAUUCGCACGCAGCACUAUACACUACUAAGAAAGCGUAUAAACAGUACCAAAGUGAAAUUAUUACACGUCGAUCGAUAAACAAGUAAUUUAAGGGGUUCAGAAGUGAAGUUACAAUUUUAUAUGUAUUAGUUUCGUUAACUCUCAACUUACUUCCGUUUGUAAAUCAUUCGUAAAAUCGUAUAUACUCGAAGGAUACUACCGAUUUAUGUUAUGAAAUAUUUAUAUUACAGUUUCUACGAAUUUACAUUAAUUAUUUAUCGAAUAACAAUGUGCUACAAGGAUGUAAUUUUCAUAUAAUAUACGAUAAUUUUAAG